AUGGCAGUCCUAUUGGCACGGAAUCCCCAGAAAGUCACUACUCAGACCCCUUUAAACCAUCUGGUGGGCUCUGACGAUACUGAUACUAUGUUGCAGGAUUGUCCAAAAGCCCGACGAGAAGUUGACCUGCACUGGCGAGCAUCUGGCUGUACUCACAUUGUCCGAAUUGUAGAUGUCUAUGAGAAUCUGUAUCAGGGAAGGAAGUGCCUACUGAUAGUGAUGGAAUGUGUAGAAGGAGGCCAUUCAUCUAAUCGCCUCCAACAACAAACACAAUAUAUUACAUCUUCUACAGAGGCUUCCGAAAUCAUGAAAAGCAUUGGAGAAGCAGUACAGCACCUGCAUUCGGUGAACAUUGCACAUCGAGAUGUGAAGCCAGAAAAUUUGUUGUACACCACCAAAAGACCUAAUGCUAUUCUAAAACUAACAGAUUUUGGCUUUGCCAAAGAAACCACCAGCUUCAAUUCAUUAGCAACCCCUUGCUACACACCAUAUUAUGUUGCCCCUGAGGUUCUUGGGCCCGAGAAGUAUGACAAAUCCUGCGAUAUGUGGUCCUUGGGUGUAAUAAUGUACAUACUGUUGUGUGGAUAUCCCCCAUUCUAUUCUAACCAUGGACUGGCCAUUUCACCUGGCAUGAAGAAACGAAUCCGAAUGGGCCAGUAUGAAUUCCCUAAUCCAGAAUGGUCAGAAGUAUCCGAGGAAGCCAAACAACUGAUCAGACAACUCCUGAAGACUGAGCCAACACAACGCAUGACCAUCAUGGAAUUUAUGAACCAUCCUUGGAUUAAUCAAUCAAUGCAGGUACCGCAGACACCUCUUCAUACCAGUAGGGUCCUGAAAGAAGAGAAAGAUUUAUGGGAAGAUGUAAAGGAGGAAAUGACCAGUGCCUUGGCAACCAUGAGAGUUGACUACGAACAAAUCAAAAUCAAAAAGAUAGAAGAAUCUUGCAAUCCCUUACUGAUAAAAAGAAGAAAGAAGGCCUUAACUGCUCCGACUCCAGCCAGCCACUGAAAAACAACAUGGAAAGUGUGCCAAAUUAUUUUUAGGAAGUUCUUUUUAAAUGUCGCAUGAAGUUCAGAAAUGUUUAAUCGGUUGGCUUUUUGGAUUAUUUUUAAAGAUUUACUUUACUUCUGCCUCUUGGGCUGAGGUGAACACUCUGUCAUGAUACUACUAGUCCAACAUGCGACCAGAUUUUUAAACUGAUGUCAAAGGAUGGUGGGUGGGGGGGGGGGGCAGGGGGACGUGAUGGCAUCAGGAAAAGGUCACCUUGUGAGUUUUGUGAAAGGUUGACUCAAUGUUUCAACUCGAUAUUCCUUUCUGAUUUUUAUCAUUCUGUGUCACCCUUAUUUCCAAGAAAUUUCAUUCAUGCCAUCUUUCAGUUUGUCUUAUUUUGGAGCUCUAUUUGAUUACUUUAAAGCUGUCUUGGUUUCAUGGGAUUAAAAUGUUGUGAUUUUAAAAGAUCAAGAUAUUCAUUAUAUUUGAACUUUUUUAAUGCUAAAAGCUGUAUUAUUAAAAGCUUGCAUUAGUUUUUUUUCAUGGAUGUUUGAACAAUCCGCAAAAUCUGUGGAAUUCCCCACGAACAGAACAGGUUUUACAGUAUUCACAAUUCAAAUGUAGGCCUACCCUAUAAAUUUUAUGAAAACUUCAGAUGUGCCGAUACGAUGGGUCAAAUGGCCUCCUUCUGUACUGUAAAAUUCUAUUAUUCUAUGCCUCUUUUUAGUUUUAGAGUUCAGUGGUUUGAUCAUAUCUUGACUGAAUUAGUACAAUCAGUUAUUUUAAUCAGCCUACUUGGACAUGUUAUGACACACACCCAAGACAUGUGGGACUUGAACCCAGACCUCCUGUGUCAGAGGUAGGACUACCACUGUGCCACAAGAGCCAUGGUAGUAAGUUACAAAAUGCAUGUAAUUCCACUACACCCAUGCUCAGUUCCUAAAUUGAUAAAUUGUCCUUUGCUUGCCAAAAUGAUCCUUCAAAUUAAUUGGGAUACUGUUGCAGUUUGAGCUGUUAGUAUGAUUUUCAUCUAUGCCUGAGUGGGAUCUUUCUCUUCCUGCUGCCUCCCAGCAGCUACCUAAUUCUCAUUAUGUCUGCGCAUUAGGCAAUUAAAAAAUGCAGCACUUUUUUUUUGAAGUUAUGUAGAUAAGCAACGUUAUCACUGGCAGGCAUAACUUAAAACUGGAGGUCUAAUCUUUACAAGAUCAAAUCUUUACUCUACCUGCUAUGAUAUUGAGUAAUUUUUACUGAUGAGUCCCUGCUUUUCCUCUGGGGUAAGUCAUAUUCUAUGUUCUGGGGGUAACAUGAGUCAAAGAUACAGGCAAAAGCCUUCAGAACAGUUCCCUAUUGCCAGUAUUGGGAUGAUAAAUUUACCCAGAUGCAUCAUUGUGAAAUUAUUUAAUUGGCUAAAAUCUCUUGCAUCUAGAAUUUGAAGUAACUUUUUGCUCCACAGCGAAUACCCAGUUAAAAUUCCCAAUCAGAGACAGCUGCAAGACAUUCAAAAGCAAGUGAAUGUCUAAGGUUUUUGGGUAGAUUUGUAGCUCAGGUUAUGGAUGUUGUGGUUGGUUGGCUCGCUGAGCUGGUUCGUUGUUCCGCAGAUGUUUCAUUGCCCUGCUCGGUAACAUCAUCAGUGCAGCCUCCGAUGAAGCGCUGUUGUGUUUUCCCACCUGUUAUUUAAACUCUAGUGUCCAUUGAGCUGGGUUACCUCACUUCCGGUUUUCCUUCGCAGUGGAGUGUAUAUGGUGUCCAGCUGUAUGUGUCUGUUGAUGGCCGUCUUAGUGGAGAACUAGGCCUCUAGCAAUUCCCAUGCUUGCCUCUGCUUAGCCUGUCCCAGGAUAAGGAAAACCACCAGUUUGAUUGGGACAACACCAGGAUCCUGGGACAGGCCAAGCAGAGACAAGCACAGGAAUUCCUAGAAGCCUGGUUCUCCACAAAGAAAGCCAUCAACAAACACUAGAGCUAGAGCCUAUAUAUACUCCAUUGCAAAGGAAAACCGGAAGGGAGGUAAUCCAGCUCCACAGACACCAGAGUUUAAAUACCAGGUGGGAAAACACAACGGCGCUUCAUUGGAGGCUGCACUGAUGAUGUUACCCAGCAGGGUAAUGAAACAUCUGUGGAACAACGAACCAGCUUGGCGAGCCAACCAACCACAAGAAAGUGAAUGCACAAUUCUUUUCAAAAAAUGCUAAAUCCUGAUGGAGUUGAUUCACGGAAUGGAACCCAAAGGUGUUUGUCCAUCUGUUCAUAUUUCUAAUGAAUAUUUGUUUAAGUCAUUUAUAUUUUGGCAGAGUUGGCCUUUCUGGUGGAAUACAGCUUCAACCCUUUGAAGUCAAUUGUACAGAUUUGUUGGCAAAUUGUUCUAUAGUAAAUUGUCUCUUUAUUUCUAAAAUACAUUGUGCUUUUCAGUCUUUGUGAGAAACAUAUUUGUUUGCAUGGGCAGAGUCAAGAGUUGAAUUUUCUGCAGCAUUGUCUCUGUCUUCUUAGGCCAAUAUUGUGACAAGAUUUUGCUCAUGUAUCCUUUCAUGGGGUAGGGUAAUAGUUUGAAAAUGCUGCUCUGAAGAAUUGUUUAAAUGAGGAAUAAUAUUUUGUAAUUUCCUUAAUGCAAAAGGCAAGUACGUUAUGACGAUUUCUACCACAAUACUUUAGAAACACUGUCCAAUUUUGAUAAAAUGAUGCACUUCUAAUGUUGCUUUUGUUUUUGAAGUUGCUAGUUAAAGAAGUCCACUUGACUUAUCCAAUUCUGGAUAACACAUUUGGCCAAGUGAAGAGCUGCGGAAAUUCUAGUUUGGCUGUUCUGGCGUCAUUAAAGCACAAUGACAUCAAAGGAAAGCACCAUGGCAACAUAUUUCAUGUUCAUCCAAUCUGCUGCUGUGUUAACAAGUCAUGUGGUACCUUCAGAUCAAUUGGAGUAUGGUUCAUUUUUGACCACUUAUUUGAACCUUUGGAAAAUUUGCUCAAUGGAAGCAACCACUAGCCCCCAAAGGAAGCGUUACUCCAUCAUCCUUUCUCCUCUGACAUUUCAAAUUAGGUUAAUAAAGAUUAUUGUAAAUAUUUCUACUUACAAUAAAUACAUUUUUUAAACAAAGAAUGUGGGUAGACACAAUUUCAUGAACCUCUUGGCUGGAUUUCAUUAUUGAAAAGUGAAAGGAGGUUGAACAUUGUGGUUCACUGUCUUAGGAAUGCCAUUUGUUGCACUUAUCCCUAAUUGCCACACCAUUCUGAAAGAGUAAAGUGGUGAAUGGUAACUAUCGAGAUGUGCAUUCAUAAAUUUGCUCAUUUUUUCUAAAAAAAAAAGCUGGAACCUCUUAAAACUCAGGUUUUAGUGCUUUUUUGUCAAGAAAAAGGACUGUGUCAACCAGCCCUAAGAGUAAAGCUCAAAUAGCGAGCUUUACAUUUGGCAUAGGCUGAACUGAUUGACUGACAUGCAUGGCCUCAGCUUAUCACAGCUUACAUCCAUAUUUAAGCCACAUUUGGCAGUUUUUUGAAACAACUUAAAACUAUGCAAAAAGUAUUUUCCAUGGCAGGGCUCUUAUUUUUAGUUCAGGCUACCUAUGUAUUCACUUAUAGCCUAUCAAGUUCAUUUUUGCUUCUAAAGCAAAUUAGCCACCUCCAUGUGGGAGAUCUGGAACUGAUGCCUGGUAUUGCAGGAGCCUUAUUACUAUUAAGUAUGUUAUACCUAUUGAAUUUCUGUAUGUUUCCACAUUUAGUGUGGAUUUUGUUGGAGAACAGUUCACAUCUUUUAUAAUAAAGGAACAAAAGCAGCCAUUAUUAGAUAUUAAAUGAACCCAAGAACUAGAAAUCCAUAUUUCUGAAGUAAUAGCUAGGGAACUAGAACUAUGGAAAGGAAUAAAAGAAUUGAGAGAGUUGCAGUUUUUGUGGAAAUUCAAAUUUAUGGAGUAAAACUAUAAGACUUAACUUUUUGAAGCUUUGAAAGUAUAGCCAUUUGUUGUUAACUGAACACUUCACUCACCACAAAAUAUAUUGACAUAUCAGAAACCUAUCGCAUGCAAACCUAAUGGCUUGCAGACAAAACAUCAGAUUCCAAUCUCCAUGGGAAUGAAUUGGUAUUGAGGAAUUAUUUCUGCCGUCUGCAGCUAUAAGCAUAUGUUGUCUGUUUUCAAUGUGCAUCCCUGGACUAGUGGCUGAAAAGCCAUGGACAAGAUGGUCAUUCACAAAUAUCGCUGGUGCAGCUGGUAUGAACUAACAGCAAAUGAUAGGGAAGGAAAUUUUAAGGGGAGCUGUCCAAUUAUGUUCUGCUACAGACAUAAAUUUAGUUUUAUCCUGGUGAUUGCAUACCAAAGAUUUGCUAAUUGCUUAAAAUAUUCUUUUAAACUUUGUUGUUUGCCAAGUUAGAAACAACAAUAGCACCAGGUUACUGUGUCUUCCAAGACAUUCCUUCAGAUCUAAUCUUCAACUCUGGUCUUCCUAUUGAAUUUGAAUCCUGAGCACUAAAUUUGAUAAAUAGAAACUUAACUAAAAUAAUUAGUAAUUUCGGAAAAGGCAGCGCAGGUUUUUUGUGGGGAGAAAAUAAUUUCAAGCUCUCCAAAACCUUGAGAGAAGAUUCAGUACCCUCUCUAAAAUCUAAUCUUCCUUACUCCUAUGCCGGAUGGAAAUGCACUGUGCAAAUUGAGAGGAUAACACCAAAAUCACAGCGUGUGUCAGAAAUUAUGGUGUGCAAUUGGUGCAUAAAUGUAAAUGUUGUAUGGAUGCAAAGAUGAAGCAAAAAUAGAUAGAAAGUACUUUUGGGACUUUAUACCAAGCAGUUUACUGCACUGUAGAGCUGGUAAGACUACAGGGUCAUCAAGCACUGUGAGAAUAGUCAAGGUAAAUCCAAUUCAAAGAAGCUGUGAAUCAGGGUCAUUUAAUGAGCCAAGACUCAGAGGAAGCCUCGUUAGAAUUUGAAUUUGUCAGAAAACACCAUGUUGCGGAAAUAUAUUUCUAAAGUGUUCUGAAUGAGUUAUUGACACAAAAAAUAACUAACUCCAUUUUUUGAUAAAAUUAAAAUGGCAAUUAUUUUUGACCACACGCAGUCCUGCUGAAAGCUGCGCAAGGCAAUUUCACUCUGUCAGGUUCCUGAAGCACUGUGUAACUAUGCACCCAGCAUACGGCACUCUAAAUGUGAGGAGCAACAAAGUUUAAAUGUCAGGGCAUGUUUAGGAGCUUGUUCACCAACUAUGUGGAAGACUUGUUAAAUCCACACAUUGUAUGUGAAACAAACCUCAAACAACACUAGACGACUGGAACAACUGAACAGUGGUUCAGAUGUUUUAAAAAAAAAAAAAAUUUUUGAAUAUUUCUGGGAAAUGACUCCCAUGUUACAAGUCCAUUUAUCAUUUAUGACUCAACAAUUCCUUGCUCUUUAGCCAAUUUCCCAAUUCCCCUUACUUUGUGGGAGCCCCUGCAGCCCAUCCAAAGUGGGCUGCCCCCUGACAUUGCAGCCUCAUUGGCCUGGGGAGCUGGCAGAUUUCGGGGAUCAUCUUUUGCAAUGCCCAAAUUAACUCAUCUUGCGAUUUCAAGUGAGCCUGAGCUAGUGGAGUUAGUACAAUAUUCAUGUAGUUUCCAUUUUGGCACUGCAAUAUCAGCUCCAUGUUCUGGUUACUAAGUCUGCGAUGGUUGGGGGUGGAAGGAAUGCAACCAUGUCACCUUCUCUGCACUUGCUCAUGUGUGGAUCUCUUACAGAUAGAAAUUGCUCCUGUAAAAUACUUGUGUUAAGUGAAAAUGACUGUUCCAAUCACUGACUGUGUUAAAUAUAUCAGUAUCAAAUGUGAUCACUUUCUGAGCCAAUAUUUUGUGCAUUUUUCCCUCAUACUUGCUUUCUUUAAUUUUCCUCACAUACGUGCACAAGCCCUGAUCCAUAUAAUAGUUUAGUUUUAUAAACAGAGCUUGUAUAUAGCAUGAAAAUGCCAUGUAGGCUACACACAAAAAAAACUUUGGAAAGCACAGAGGUUUUGCUUGGGAAGACCUACAUUCACUGAGUCUAGGACCUGCUCGACUGUCACGAGCUGGACCAUAUAGGUCCCUGAUAGGGACCUGCAGCCAUGCUUUACACUAAAUUCAUUCACUUUUAUUAUAUUGUCUCCACAUUACACUUUCAGAUUGUCACGCAGUUUCCGGCUUUGCCAGAAAGUCAAACCAGGAUUAUGGCAAACGUGAACUUCUGUGAGAAAAGUGUAGAAUCUUUCCACCAAAAUGUCUACAGCCCCCAUUUUAAAGCUGACCCACAGUAUGUAGAUGGGCUUGGUUUGUCUCCAACCCCCACUCACACCUCCUUUGGCUGGGAUUUCAGCUGGGUACAUGUCCUCAUCCCUCCUUGCUCCUACUCUGGGUUCGCUUGCUUAAAAUUGGGGCUCCCCCCCGCCAACCAUGUUGGUCUGACGGUGGUCCUGAUCAGUGUUUGUUUCUCCUAAACUGUCAUUUUCAAAUCUGACAAGUCAGGUUUCCAUUUUUUUUAGGCAUGCUGUAUAUUGACCUCUGCUCAUUUCAUACAACAAAUCCUGAGUUUUUAUUGCAUUGUCCCGUUUUAUUCUUUCAAUGUAAAAUGUGUGUGAGGUAUUUUUCACUACAUCUAUCAAAUCACGUGGAGGGAGUGGGGAUAAUUUUUCCUUUAUUUUGUUUACUGUUUUAGACAGAUUUGGCAUGUCAUGUGUUUCAUUGAGUGAUUGUACCUCAUUGUAUUCAAAAACACCACCUUUGGUAAUUAAAAGUUUAUAUUUAUUCAA